AUUCUGUUUUCUAAUAUGUGAAUGGAAAAAGAUCACGCAGACAUAGAUUGUUUAUAUCACCUUAUACACAUCACAUGCUAGAGUCCAUGUUUACUUCAGGUGUAUGGAUAAAUAUAUGAACUUCAGAACCUUUUAACAAAAACGACAGGGUUACAUAUUAACCAGAUUUUUGGAUAAAGGGAUCCUCGUGAUGCAUUUCUAAUUGGUAUAUUGAUAAUCGUAAUCAAAUGUGAUCAAUAUUGAUAUCAGGUGUUCCGAUUAAGUAGUACUAAACGCCACAAGUGUAAUAUACUUAUUGAUACUCCCGACACGGACUACCAGAAAAGGAACAUAUUACCCAGCUGAUCUUUUACGAGGAUUUACUAUAACAGUCUUGAUAAUAAAAUAUCAUACGUAUUUCUGUCUGGGAAGACACUCCAAAUUGUAUUAUACGCAGAAAUAUACAUCUAUGAAGGAAACACUUUAGGAUGAAGAUCGCCGUGUUUGGGGCGACUGGUGCCACUGGUCAGUCAGUGGUCUCACAGGCACUGGCAGCAGACCACCAAGUGUUAGCGCUUGUCAGGACUCCGGCUAAGCUCAAACUCACACAUGAAAACCUAAAGGUUGAAGAAGCAAACAUCUUUGAUGUUAAAUCCAUAGAGCCUCGUCUCCAUGGUUGUGAUGCUGUCAUCAGUUGUCUUGGAAACAGAAGUUUGAGUAGGGCUCCAACUAAUACAUACAGUGAGUCUAUGAAAAACAUAAUCAAGGCCAUGGAGGAAUCUGGUGUGAGAAAACUAGUGACGAUGACAUCUUGGAAUACCGACGGCAGUAAACCUCCCGGGCGUGAUACAGGAAUAAGUGGGAUGAUGAUAGGUUUAUUUCUUUGGAUUAUAAAACCCACUUUGGAAGAUAUGGUGCGUAUGGAGACAUAUCUAAGUAGUCUUACAGAGUCAAGCGUCAAAUGGACGUGUGUCAAACCAUCCGGCCUGACAAACAAGCCGUCCACAGGUCAAGAAAUCAAGACAGCAGAAGGACAGUACGUAGAGGGGUGUCAGAUGCAAAUAUCCAGAGAGGACGUCGCAAAAUUCAUGCUGAACACUGCAACAACAGAUGAUGAACUGUUCUCAGAUCAGACAGUGGCAAUAGGAAUUGAGGAAACCAAAUAGAUAUGAUAUGAAUGUGCGAAUUUAAACAUUGCAUAAGAAAUUGUUUUGCGAGUGCAAUAUAUCAUCAGUCAUAACGUUAUCAUGUACUCUACCUUGGGGAUGGACCAUUUUUACACCGUUGCUUUUUGCUAAAAUAAUAUCUAAACCGGCACACAAAUGUCGAUCGCAUUAUUCAUGUCAGCGUAAAUAUAUAUUUUGAUAAUUAUCUACUUCAAUGCGUCGUACCACGUCGUAAUCCCUUGCUUACUGUGACCAUUUGAAUAAAAACACUAUGCAAAGUGUCCUAGAAGUCCACACUUUAGGUGUAAGAUUUUGGAGGAGUAGGAUGAGGAGGGGAAUGGGAGGUGUAGGAGGAGGGGAAUGGGAGGAGUAGGAGGAGGGAAUGAAUGAAAUGAGAUUCACCGCCCAGUCUUUAGUUUAUUGAAAAGUAAUUAUAAGUUUCUACAAUGUUAUUUUCCUGGCCAGACCUUUCAUUACAUUUCUUUUAUAAGUAUCAUGGCUUCUGUCAAGAUAGUAAUAACAAAAUUCAAAUGUACAUUUUAAAUUAUACUCUAAACAUAAACAAAAUGCAUUAUAUUUAGAUAAAAUUUAUGAUAUGAAAUAUGCGCUAAAGUAUUGAAAUGUCCUGUAACAUUACUUGCACUAAACUGAACUGCGUUCUAAAAGGGCGUUCCCCACGUUCCUAAAUUGGCCCAAACUGUUCUCAAUUCAUAAUGAUCUGCAUCAUCUAGUCUUUGGUAUAAACCACCUUUUCUGAAAAUGAAACAGCUUAAAAAAGAGGCCCUACAUUGUAAGUAGCAUGUAUUACUAGAUGUUCCUUUGCAUGUAAAAGAGUGUCACUGUUACAAAAGUGUAGAUAGAAAUAAAUAAAUAUAUUAAUA